AGAGAGGCAGCCACUAAGAAAGUGAACUCUUCUGCGAGAGGGCGACUCAUCGAGCUCCUAUAAAUUUGUUGUUUUUCCAUUUUCAAAUCGAGGCGUAUUCAAAUUCGAAUAUUUGCAUACGCGAAUUUAUCGCUAUAAUUAACGCAAAAGUCUUUAUAACUAAACCUUGGAUACAGCAGCUCUUGUUACCGCUUAUUUGCAUUUUGUCUUUGGUUGGACAGAAUUACACGAGAAAACUUUGGCAAUGACUCCAACUUAUUGCUCACUAAUUGCUGCAUUCAUAGCAGCUACUCAGCUACUAAGCUCCGGCUUUGCCAGCGGUCGGGUUUAUCAAACGGAUGAUGCCAUUAUUAUGGAAGAUGACGGAUAUGUAGACCCAGCGUUUUUACAAGAAGAUCAACUGACCAAAGAUGACGUCCACGCUAAAAUCCCGCAUCCCUUCCUGUUGGGAGACACAGCACAUUCCAUCGUCCAGCCCUGGGCUUUUCAGGAAAAGACUAAUGUCAUGGCGCAAUCUUCGUGCUUUACGACAGAAGGGAAAUUUGGUUCUUGCACAUCGUUUCGUUCUUGUUAUCGAAAUUCCGAAUCGUCCGAAGUGAACCCGUUGACCCGGCAAAUGAGUAAACGCAGGACGUGCCGUUACGUCGGGAAUGACGGCAAACAGGCAGAUGGAGUCUGUUGUUCAAUGCCAACGAUCGACGACAACGAUGCGGUUAGCGGUGGUGGUCGUCGAACUAUACCCAUGGUUACACUCUACGAUGGUUAUGAUAGUUUAGUGCAACCUUACUUGAUGGCUUCAUGGUUGCAUUAUCCCUACUGGCGAGUCGUUGUCCCGACGAAUCCGGUGGCAACAGGCAAGAGCGUUCCGGUUUGGCAGACGGCCUCGGGUCAACGUGAUACGAAACAAUCCAGUUGCGGCGCCGGGCCUGCCAAAACCUUGAGCCUCGACGACCAGCGAAUUGUCGGAGGCAAUAACGCCAUUAAAAAUUCCUGGCCGGGCAUUGUGGCGUUGAAAUUGAAUGGCCGUUUCCUGUGUGGUGGAUCUUUGAUUUCGAGCGAUAAAAUCUUGACAGCAGCUCAUUGCCUAUCCUUCUGGUCGAUGCUAUUCCCCCGGAUGUCCGGGCUGUCUGUUGAACUGGGCAUACAUACGGUGAACCCGAAGAGUGACGCCCAGCUGACACGGAGGGUCAUCCGCGUCGUCCGGCACCUCGGGUUUAAUUCAAACACUUUCAGGAAUGACAUAGCAAUCCUUACGUUGGAGUCACCGGUGACGUUCACGUCAAGCGUAUCCCCGGUCUGUUUGCCAGCGCUUGGUUCUAAUGACAAGUACAUCAAUCAAACUGCCACAAUCCUCGGAUGGGGAACUACGCAACAGAAUGGAAAAAAGGCGUCGGUUCUGCAACAAGGCGCUGUCCAAAUCCUCGACAAUUCCCAAUGCAAGAAACAAUAUCAAGCUGAAAACGAAAUUGUGGAUCAUAUGCUCUGCGCCGCUGCUCCCAGGACAGACUCUUGUCAAGGUGACAGCGGUGGACCGCUACUCGUUCAAGCGGCGCCCGAAUCUCCUUGGACACAGGCAGCCAUCGUUAGCUACGGCAUUGGCUGUGCCGAUGAGAGAUAUCCGGGCGUCUAUACUAGAGUGACGUCAUUCUUGACGUGGAUUCGCAGGUACAUGUGAACGAUGGAGAUUUAAAUUCACGCUCUCUAAUUGGAAAUGUAUCAGGGACCGUUUGGAACUUUGAUUGUUCAUCCUUUCCGAUUGCCAAAUGAUUCGUUUAGUUUGAUUUUGAUUUCAAUUAAUGUAUAAUGAAAAAAUGCCGUUGAAUUUCCUUCAUUUGUGUCUCGCAAUCUCACGAUUCAUUUCAAACCAAUAAUUAAAAGGUGAGGCACGUGAUUUCCUUUGACAUUUCAUUAAUCGUUGAAAUAGUUGUUGUCUAUUCACGUUUCAAUUCCCCGCAAAGUUUGGUCAGUUGACAAAUUGUAUAGACGGCGGUCCAGGGUAAUUGUGCUGCCCCAUAAAAAGACCAAAUAAAAAUAAGAAUACUGAA